UCCGGCCCGGCCGCGCUGAACGCCCCCCGGCGCCGCGCCUCGAGCCCGCGCCCCGAGGCCAUGCCGGUCAUGAAGGGGUUACUGGCCCCGCAGAACACCUUCCUGGACACCAUCGCCACCCGCUUCGACCGCACGCACGGCAACUUCCUGCUGGCCAACACACAGGGCCCACGGGGCUUUCCCAUUGUCUACUGCUCCGACGGCUUCUGUGAGCUCACAGGCUACGGCCGCACUGAGGUCAUGCAGAAAACCUGCAACUGCCGUUUCCUCUACGGUCCAGAGACCAGUGAGCCAGCCCUGCAGAGGCUGCACAAGGCCCUGGAGGGCCAUCAGGAGCACCGGGCUGAAAUCUGCUUCUACCGAAAGGAUGGCUCAGCUUUUUGGUGCCUCCUGGACAUGAUGCCCAUCAAGAAUGAGAUGGGGGAGGUUGUACUUUUCCUCUUUUCCUUCAAGGACAUCACUCAGAGUGGAGGCCCAGGACUUGGCCCCCCAGGAGGCCACAGAGACAGUAAUCAUGAAAAGUCCCUUGGUAGGAGGGGAGCCAGCUCGAGACUUCGAUCCACCAGGAGGCAGAGCCAUACUGUCCUACACCGACUGACUGGCCACUUUGGCCGCCGGGGCCAGGGAGGCAUGAAAACCAAUAACGUGUUUGAGCCAAAGCCAUCAGUGCCCGAAUACAAGGUGGCCUCCGUGGGGGGGUCCCGCUGCCUCCUCCUCCACUACAGCGUGCCCAAGGCCAUCUGGGACGGCCUCAUCCUCCUCGCCACCUUCUACGUUGCGGUCACCGUCCCCUACAAUGUCUGCUUCUCGGAUGAUGACGACACCCCCAUCACUUCCCGACACACCCUUGUCAGCGACAUCGCCGUGGAGAUGCUCUUCAUCCUCGAUAUCAUCCUGAACUUCCGCACCACCUAUGUGUCCCAGUCCGGCCAAGUGGUCUCUGCUCCUCGUUCUAUUGGCCUCCACUAUCUGGCCACCUGGUUCUUUGUUGACCUCAUUGCCGCUCUGCCUUUUGACCUGCUUUACGUCUUCAACAUCACCGUGACGUCGCUGGUGCACCUGUUGAAGACAGUGCGGCUGCUGCGGCUGCUACGGCUGCUGCAGAAGCUGGAGCGGUACUCGCAGUGCAGUGCCGUGGUUCUCACGCUGCUCAUGUCCAUCUUUGCGCUCCUUGCCCACUGGAUGGCCUGCGUCUGGUAUGUCGUCGGGCGCCGGGAGAUGGAGGCCAACGACCCGCUGCUCUGGGACAUCGGCUGGUUGCACGAGCUGGGCAAGCGGCUGGAGGUGCCCUAUGUCAACGGCUCUGCGGGUGGCCCGUCGCGGCGCAGCGCCUACAUCGCUGCGCUCUACUUCACGCUGAGCAGCCUCACGAGCGUGGGCUUCGGCAACGUGUGCGCCAACACUGACGCCGAGAAGAUCUUCUCCAUCUGCACGAUGCUCAUAGGCGCGCUGAUGCACGCAGUGGUGUUCGGGAACGUGACGGCCAUCAUCCAGCGCAUGUACUCGCGCCGCUCCCUCUACCACAGCCGCAUGAAGGACCUCAAGGACUUCAUCCGCGUGCACCGCCUGCCCCGGCCGCUCAAGCAGCGCAUGCUCGAGUACUUCCAGACCACGUGGACAGUCAACAGCGGCAUCGACGCCAACGAGUUACUGCGUGACUUCCCAGACGAGCUGAGAGCUGACAUUGCUAUGCACCUGAAUCGGGACAUCCUGCAGCUGCCGCUGUUUGGAGCAGCGAGCAGGGGCUGCCUGCGGGCCCUCUCCCUGCACAUCAAGACCUCGUUCUGCGCUCCGGGCGAGUACCUGUUGCGCCGCGGGGAUGCCCUGCAGGCGCACUACUAUGUCUGCUCCGGCUCACUGGAGGUGCUCCGGGACAACAUGGUGCUGGCCAUCCUGGGAAAAGGAGACCUGAUUGGGGCAGAUAUCCCUGAGCCAGGGCAGGAGCCUGGGUCAGGCACAGCUCCAAGCUGCGUGCUGAAGACCAGCGCCGACGUGAAGGCACUGACCUACUGUGGCCUGCAGCAACUGAGCAGCCGAGGGCUGGCUGAAGUCCUGAGGCUCUAUCCUGAGUACGGGGCUGCCUUCAGGGCUGGCCUGCGCCGGGACCUCACCUUCAACCUGCGCCAGGGCUCUGACACCAAUGGCCUCUGCCGCUUCUCCAGAUCCCCUCGCCUCUCCCAGACCCGCUCGGAAAGCCUGGGCUCCUCCUCAGACAAGACCCAGCCAUCCGUCACAGAGGCUGAGGCUGGGGCCGAGCCUGGAGGUGGUCCCAGGCCCCGGCGGGCCCUCCUGCUGCCCAACCUCAGCCCAGCACGGCCCCGGGGCUCCCUGGUCAGCCUUUUGGGGGAGGAGCUGCCCCCAUUCUCAGCCCUUGUCUCCUCUCCUUCCUUGUCCCCGACCCCUUCCCCUGCCCUGGCUGGCCGGGGCCACAGCCCCUCCCCUCGUGGCCUCCCCAGGGGCUCUGCUGCCUGGAAGCCCCCCCAGCUUCUCAUUCCCCCACUGGGAACCUUUGGACCUCCGGACCUCAGUCCCCGGAUAGUGGAUGGCAUUGAGGACUCUGGCAGCACAGCAGAGGCCCCUACGUUCCGGUUCAGCAGGAGGCCUGAGCACCCUAGGCCUCACUCACAGGCCCCUCCUACAGGGACCAUGCCCAGCCGGGAAGUGGCCACUGAGGCCGAGGAGGUGAAGGAAAAGGUCUGCAGGCUGAACCAGGAGAUCUCCCGUCUCAACCGGGAAGUGUCUCAGCUUAGCCAGGAGCUUCGACACAUGAUGGACCUGCUACAGGCCAGGCUGGGUCCCCCAGGCCACCCAACAGUCUCGGCUUGGCCCCCAGAUCCUCCUUGCCCACCACAGAGGCCUCCAUGCAUCUCUCCCUGUUUGUCCAGACCACUGCCUGGCCUCCAGGAUACUACCCUCGCUGAGGUCCACUGCCCAGCCAGUGUGGGGACAGCAGAGAUGGGGGCUGCCCCCCCCGACCUGAGACCCUCCAUGCUAUCCCCUUACCCCUCAGAGCCUGACCCUCUGAGACCCUCCCCAGUGCCAGAGGCCUUACCUCCGAACUCAAGCCUCAUGAGGCACAGCUUCCGGUCCAGGUCAGACACGUUCCACUGACCCUGGCCACGGGCCCAGGCCCGUUUGGGGUGGGCACUGACGCCUGCCCUCCAGGGAGGGGCUGGGCCCCUUGGCCUCCUGCCUUGGGUUAGCAGCCACCAGAUGGUCUGGUUGGCUCUGGAUUCUCUGACCUUUUUAACAAAGCCUGGUCACUUCUGACCCUUUGCCUUUUCCAAACUCUCCUCUAUUCUCCUCUGUGAGGGGAGCCACCUGAGGCCGUGGAACCCAACAGGCAUGAGAUGGACCGCAGUGCCCACUGAGCUGGGCAGAUGAGA